AUGAAAAUUAGGGUAUGGAAGGAAUUUAUAGCUCCGAAUGGUCAGAAGUAUUACUAUAAUUUGAAGACAAAGAAAACUACAUGGGAUGAGCCUGAGAGUCUGUUUGAAGGAAAUGCUGUAUCUCAGGGACAGAAGGAUGAAUCGCCAGUUUUUGCGUUUCCAUUGUUUAAUGAUUGGUAUUUGGUGAUUUCUUCUUUAGGAAAGAAAUUCUAUUUUAAUGCUGUUGAAAAUAUAUCGGUUUUAGAAUUGCAUGAUGAGUUGAAUACUCAACUGUUGCAAUCCAUCGACAAACAGAAACUGAUACUUCUUGUCGGUGUGGCGAGAGGGUUCAUUUAUGAUGAAUAUUUACAGGUUUAUGAAGAGAUCAUGGAAAAUUUAGAUUUUGUUAAAAAUGAAAUUUCAAAUGAAUAUAAGGAAUUGCAAGUAAAUGUGGCUCAAGAAUCCGAAGAGUCAGCAGACAAGCAAGAUCCAGGUGAUUUAAUUGCUACUGACAAUGGUAUCGUUAAUGAUUACUACUCUUCUUCAGACGAGGAAGUUGACAUACGGGAGGACAAAUUCAAUGAAAUUGACCUUGCUGAAGACAAUUUGCAACAAAACGAUGGUAUACGGACAGAAGUGAUUCGUACAGAGACAGAUUUCAAUGAAGAAAAUCUCAAUUCAGUUGAGACACUCGAUUUUAAUGCCUCAAAAGAAAAAUAUUUUCAGUUAUUUGAAAAGUACCAGUUGAAUUCAUUUUCAACAUGGUCGAACCAGUCAAAAGUAGUUAUGGAUGACCCUGACUUUUAUCUGAUAACUGAUAACUCCUUGAGAGAGGAUAUAUUUGAAGAAUGGUGUUCAAGAAAACACUCACAUCACAACAGCAUCACUUCUGUGGACAAAGACGAUCAAACAGAUUCCUCAGGAGCUCAUAGUAGCGCAGAAGAUAACCUUGACGAUAAUGUUGCCGAUCAAAAUGAAGAGGAAGAAAAUUUAGAACCAACAAAGUAUCAUUAUUUAUCACAUAUCAUAUCGAAAGCAAACAUCUCACCGGAUACAAUAUUUCAAGAUAUUAAAAAGGAUAAUAAGAAACUAUUUAAACAAUUUAAAAUAAAUAAAUUCAUUACAUCAAAAAGGGAUCUGGAAAGCUUUUCUUCAAAACUGAUAUUCUAUUAUAAAAAAUUUGAUCAAUCUCAAAGGAGAGAUAUUUUUGAAGGUAUAUUGGAACAAAACAAAACAGCUAUUAAUAAACAUGUAGUAGAACACUCAGAUAAGGUAUUAGAGACUUUGAAUACAUCAGUUAAUGAAGAUUUUGAAAAAGAAACACAACUUCUGAAGCUAGAAGACAUACUCGGUUUAAGCGGUAGUUUGGAGAAGUUAGCCAAUGAUCCAAAAUAUUAUAUAUUGGGAAUAAAAGAUAAACUUGAGUGUCUUAAAAACUAUCUAAGAAAUCUGACCUGA